AUGAACAAAUAUACAUUAGAAUUUAAAUCAAAAAAAUUAGAGGAUGAAUAUUAAUAAUAAAGAAUUCGUACUAUCAGCAUACCUGUGUUUUAAUUUGGAUCAGCAUGCAUUUUUGUUGUUGCUACUUUUAAACUUAUAUAAUUGGUUCUAUAAAAUAAUUUAGAGUUAAUACCAAUAUUGAUUGUUUGCCAAGUAUUUUCUGUAUUGUCAUUUAUUUUAUUGCAUUUUAAAAUACAUAAAAUUAACUUAUAGCUGAUUUUGUUGUCAUACUUAUUAAUCGCUUAUGAGCUAAUUAUUAAAACUGAUACAAGUUUUUAAGCAUUGUCCUUAUAUUAAAGUAAUUUUACAAUGUGUGGAGUAAUUAUAAUACUCAUUUCAGAAUUAAAAGAAUCUUUAAUUAUUAUAAUAUCAACAUUAACAUUUAAGAUAAUAUAUGCAUUGAUGAUGGAAUCAGAAAAAUCUUAUACUAUCUACAGCUCAACUCUUAUACUCAUGUUUUUUAUGUGUUUUUUUUCUUAUAAAUUAAAUGUGUUGAAUAGAACCAGUUUUCUUUUGAGUUAAUAUGAUUACAUGUGGGGUAUAAUGUUAUAUAUUUUUAGAAAGUAUAUUUCCAAAAAUUGUUGAUACUCCAUAUUUAAUAUUUACAUUCAGCGAAGAAAAGUUAGAAUUUGUAUUCAAAUCUUAAAGUAAUAUACCCUUUGAGUGCAAUAAUUCUUAAUAAUUAAAAUAGUUUUUAAGAGAUUGGCAUUUAAAUUAAGAUUCAUUAGAAAAUACACUAUAUAAAUUAUAUUUAAAUGAAGAUAUUAAUGAAUUUCAUUCAAAGAAAAUCUAAAUUAUAAAAGAUAAUAAAACUAAGUAAUAUAUUCAUUAUUCCAUUAUGAAAUCAUUAUCAUCUACUUUUAUUAUAAAAUUUAAUGAUUCUUUAAUAAAGAUAGAUGAUUGUAAAAUUAUAUUACAAAAAACAGUUAAAAAAUAAGAAUAAUUAAGAAUGAAAUUAAUAAAAGGUAUUUAUAAAAAUUUACAUAUUUCUUUAAAUCUAAAACAAUUAAAUAAUUUAUGGUCUAUUAGAAACAGUUGCUUAAAAUAAAUUAUGAAUUUCAAAAUACUAAAAUAUUAAUGGAAGACAUAAUAAUUUGAUAUUAAAAAAUUCUUAUAUUUAAAUGAUUAUUUUCUUUACAAACAUAAUAGAUUAACUUUUUUUAACCCAAAAAAUGAGAAUAUUAUUACUAUUGUAAUAUAAUUGAAAAGACUCCUUUUUGAAAUACUUGAUAUGACUUUUCAUUAAGGUCAAGUUGAUAUAUAAAUUUUAGAAACUAUUACAAUUUAAUAUGAGGGAAAGGAAAUUAAUUGUCAAAAGGAUCCAGUAUUAUAAUUAGUCUGGAGUACCUUAGUUGAAAAAGCAGAAAUGCAGAAUAAUUUUUGGGUAAUAUAACUUUAUAGAGAACCUUGUGUCAAUUUUACAAAUUAAAAAACUUCUAAAUGA